AAUAUUGAUUUUGUAUUAAUAAAACAAUUAAAAUUUCCUAAAGUUAUUUUUUUUUUACUUUGAAAUUUUUUCUUAGCCACUGUGGGAGGUGCUGGUGCAGAGAUGCUUGAAGAGCUCCAACACAAACUGGCUGAUGUUCAAAAAACGACUGAAAUUUAUUAAAUCAAAAAUGAUGUGAAUAGUUACAUAAAAACUAACAACUUAAAGGCAGCUUCCAUGCCGAUUCCACUAUGCCAAUCUCAAAAUGAUCAAAAACUGUGCCACAGGGCUGUCCCAGGUGGCAUUGCCUUAUAAAUCUUUAUUUCUCCUCUCACCUAUAGAGGGCACAUACUCAGAGAAAUACAAUAAACACCUUUAUCAUUUUACAACAAAAUAGAUUUAAAACAAAAGUUAUUACAAAUAAAAAUAAAAAGCAAACGUGUCUCCUACAGUUGUAGUUUGUAUGGAGAGAAAUGGUAUUUGAUCAAGCAAGUGAAUUUGAAAUAAAAUGAAACUACGAGCAAAUAAGUUUGUAAUGAUAAAAAAAAAAAAUCUUCCUCUCAGGUGCAGAAAGACAAAGGAAUGAGGAAAUGAUGAGCUGUUAUGCAGACAGUCACUUCUGUGAUGUAUUACAGUAAAGGGAAUUGAACUAUAGCUCGCACACAAGCCACAGAAACCUACCUAAAACCAAAGACAGACAGCCUGAAUAGCAUCCAUGGAGAACAGCUGGGAAGGUGUGCGGGAUAUACAACCGGAGCCUUGCUCAGAUAACAACCUUGUAUUCAUUUGCAAGUUACCAGCCAGAGAAGGUUUUCAGUCAGUGGACAGCAGGGAGCCCUUACAGAUCAAACUCCCAGGACAAUGCAGCGUACAUCAGCUUCGAGUGCGACUUUGUAUGCUAGCACAGGAGAAUAACCGAAUAUCUGAACCAUUUGCACUUCUGGACCCAGAACGAUACAGUCUGCUGUACCACAAGGAGGAAGAGUGGUAUGAAAUUUAUGACGACUUUCAGGUAUUGCAAACUCUUGAUGCACCCUGGUUUCAGGGUACUGAUGGUCUUCAGACUGUCUUUGUUACUGUGCUGGCUCAGAAAUCUGCCUCAGAGGAGAGAGUUUAUUUCCAGCAUGUUUUGAAUGAACUAAUUGGGUAUGAUUUAGACUCUUCAAAUGCUAAUCGUUUAGGUGAGCUUGCCUAUACUCGAAGAAAGUUUGCCACGCCACGAACCCAAGAACUGAAAAAACGAGAUCUAAUAGCUUAUGCCACUGAACCCUGGACAACUUCCAUCGUGCUCCCAAAUGAUCAGCAAGGCUACUUUCAGCGGACACUUUCAGUGACUCUUUAUUAUAAUGGUUCAAAUCUUUCGAUUAAAGCUGAUUUGACUCAAAAACCCAGUGAUAUCCUCAAGAUCUUUUGGGAAUCAUUGCCAAAGGGGAGCCUACCAAUUGAAAGCUGGACCAGUGAUCAUGUCCUCAAGGUGUGUGGCAGGGAGGAAUUUCUGAGUGGAGACUUCCAGCUCUCAAACUACCUGUGGGUCAGACACUGCCUCAAAAACUCACUGGAGCUUCAUCUCUCAGUAGUUGCCAUCUCAUCUCUUCCAGAUGACACAGUGAGUACAGAGUACUGGCCACUAGUGGACAGUCUUACUGGUCUCUCAAGCUCCCAUGAGGAGCUCUGCCUUAAAAAAAAGGAAGUAGAGGACAUUGUGCUGAUUUCUCUGUGGGACUGCGAGAGAAAGUUCAGGGUUAAACUCCUGGGAUUUGAUAUCCCAGAUCUCCCAAGUAAGGUACCAUCACUUGUUUACGUAGAGGCAACAAUAAUCUAUGGUAAAAAGACCAUAUCUUCAAUUUGCUCAACUCCGAAAGAGUUUACAGAUGAAGUUCUGUGGAACACCUGGCUGGAGUUUGACAUUUUGAUCAGGGAUAUCCCUCAAGGUGCAAAACUAGGUCUCACAAUUAAUGCCACAGAGGCAGCUAAGGAAACAAAGUCAAGCUCCUCUAAGGUACCAGAUCACCAUAAGGGAAAAUUGCAGGUACUAUACUUCGUAAAUCUCCAAUUGAUUGAUCACAGAUCGCUUCUUAGCCAAGGUCCACACACUCUGAACAUGUGGCCUUUCCCAGAAUGGGAUGAGGAGGCAGUCACUUAUGAAGCAGACAAGCUGUCUACUGCCACCAACCCUGAUGUAGCCAACUCAAUGGCGAUUACCUUCAUGCUGGAUCGCUACAGCUUUCCUGUUGUCUUGCCUAAUGGCAGGAGCUCCUCUUGUAGUGGUACAUCUCCUGUUUCAGAGUCUUCUUCACUGGACCUUGCAGGGGAAUCCAGACUCUCCGCCCCAUUCAGUGAGGCUUCUUCAACAGCAACCUUAACAAGAAUGAGGAACCUAAAAAAGUUCAAAGAAGAAAGUGUCCACUAUGUCUCAAAUUUACCUCAGUUUCUUCGCACAGUCAACUGGAUGCUUCCAACUGUGGUCCAGGAGGUGCACUGGCUUUUGAGUCACUGGGGGCCAGAGGACAUUGAGCUUUUUGUGGCCCUUGAGCUUCUGAGUGUGGAUUUUGCGGACCUGAAGGUCAGAAGAUUGGCAGUUCAAAGAUUAGAGAUUUUAUCCAAUGACGAGGUGCUUAAGUAUCUGCUUCAGCUGGUUCAGACCCUUAAAGUCGAGCCAUAUCACGAUAGCUUUCUGGCAAGAUUCCUGCUAAAAAGAGCACUAAGGAGUAAACGCAUUGGACACUUCUUCUUUUGGUAUUUGCGAAGUGAGGUGGCAGGAUGCCCGUUUUUCCGCCAGCGUAUGGCAGUGAUACUGGAGGCAUACCUAUUGGGCUGUGGAGAGGCAAUGUUGGCUGAAUUCCAGAGUCAAGUGCAAGUUGUCAGUUACCUGCAUGACGUUGCUCUUGCAGUAAAGUUGCUCUACCCAGAUAGGACAGAUCUUCCAUCAACAGCUCCUCAGAAGCUGCAGGAGUUACUGGAGAAGUGUGAUUUACCCUCUGACUUCCAGGUGCCUUUUGAUCCCCGUGUCAGAGCAGGAAGUAUCAUACUAAAAGACUGUAAGAUAAUGGCAUCAAAGAAAAAGCCACUCUGGCUGGAGUUCUCCUGCAUUCAGUCAGAAGCUCCACCCUCUCCUCCAGUCGGCAUCAUCUUUAAACAUGGAGAUGACCUCCGACAGGACAUGCUCAUCAUUCAGACUCUCGUGGUUAUGGACUCCAUUUGGCAAGAAAAAGGUUUAGACUUGAAUCUGGUGCCCUAUGGAUGCAUUUCAACUGGAUUUAACAUAGGAAUGAUUGAAAUUGUGCGAAAUGCAAUCACUAUUGCCUCAGUUCAGAGGAGUCAGGGUGGAGUGGCGGGAGCUUUUAAAAACAAUGCCCUGUAUGACUGGCUUCAGACGAAGUGCCCAUUCCAGGAAAAACACUUUCAAGCUACAGAGAAGUUUGUGAACUCAUGUGCCGGGUACUGUGUUGCCACGUAUGUGCUGGGCAUUGGUGACCGUCACAAUGACAACAUCAUGAUCACAGAUCAAGGAAACUUGUUCCACAUUGAUUUUGGGCACAUCUUGGGAAACACUAAGAGCUUUUGGGGAGUGAACAGAGAAAGGGUGCCAUUUGUCCUCACCCCUGAUUUCCUGUAUGUUAUGGGCAGGGUGAAAGGCCGUCCCAGUCUCUACUUCCAGAGAUUUAGGGACACAUGCAUAAAUGCCUAUCUGUCCCUCCGAGCUCAGUCUCGGCUUCUUGUGACGCUCUUCUCUCUAAUGCUCCUGACCGGAAUCCCUGAGCUCAGCAUGUCUCAAGACAUGCUUUACCUGCGGACGGCACUGCAACAAGAUCAGAGCGAGGAGGAGGCAAGAAAUCAUCUCCUGCAGCAGAUUGCACUUUGUGAACACAAAGGUUGGACUGUGCAAGCUAACUGGUGGUUUCAUUUGAUGGCUGGCAUUAAAUAGAAAACAACAGGGAAUUAUGCAACUUUUUAAUAGAUAAUGUAAUUUAGGAAUUAACUGAACUUUGCAUUUUAUAGUUCAGUUAAUUUUACACCCGUGAGACCUUAAGAUGAAUUAAAUGUGCCUUCACACAUAUUGUAGUAAGUUUGGUUCAAUCCUAGCAAACUCUUGUAUGAUUGGUCUGUUGCUGUGGUUCAUAUUAAGUGCAAACACUGCCAUCCGAACCUCGGUGUGCACCAGACUGAGACUAUAAAAAACAGGGUCUUGGUCUACUUCCAAAUGAACUCUGGUGUAGCUUGACUGAGAUAUGUGCAUAGUACAAACCCCACACAUCUAAACAAAUUAAAACACAACAUGA